AUGCCACAACUCGUAAACACGGCUUGCUUCGACGACGCGACAGUUCGAACGUUAUGGAAUAAAACAUUAUUAUUGAAAUCGCCUGGUGACAUUUGGAGCAAAUGUAGAAAUUCGGAUAAAGAUGAAAAAUGGAAUCGCAUUCAAUCUCCGCAAUUCGUCGAGUUUUCGAAUUUACCUAGUGUGGAAGAUGCAUAUUUUAAUAAAUUAAUCGUAGUCGUAAGCACGCCGAAACCAAACUUGGGAAACGAUACACUUUCGAACACGAUUACGGAUGACGAUGCGUCGUCAGCCAAAUCUUUGAAUAUUUUCCGUUUGUCUGGUAUACCACAUGAAGUGUCUGAUUCAACUAAUAAAACGUACAAGAUAUUUAACAACGAAAACGCGGAAAUUAAAGAAGAGUAUGUGGUUCAUAUUGCCAAUGUUAAAAGCGAGGAUAAAGUUAAAAAUGAGAAGUGUAACGAAGUGAAGAAAUCACAAAACACCGUGGUAUAUCCGUUCACGUUUGAUUUACGAGAGAAAUACAAGGGGGGAAAUAAACAGGGACGUAUAAACAAGGACUUUUUAGAAGAAGAAAAAAAAGUAAGAGUAUUCUGGACAAAAAUAGCCUCGAUAAAGCCUCGAACAACUUUUCGUGGUGAUAGUAAUAAUAAUAACAACGAUAAUAAUAAUAACACUCAAAAAGCAAAUCCUUGCCAACAAAUUAAAAAAAGUACUGAGCUUUGGAAGAAAUCACCAUUUGUACCAUGUUUGUCAAGGAAAAAUUUGGUGGUACCAAAAACAUUGCGAACAACGACUCGAGCGCAAGAAAGAAAGCGCUUUGACGCUGAUAUGAAAGAAAAAGAGCAACUGAGACAAAUGGAAAUUGCUGGUAAGAAAAAGCAAGAGGGGGAAGAAAUUGCACAAUUAAGAAAACAAACUGUUCAUAAAGCUCAACCAGUUCGUAAAUAUAAAACAGAUUUACCGAAAAUUCAAAAACGACCACACACAGAUCCCAAGACUCCGCAAACGUUAAAGCGAGGUCGUUGCUAA